AUGAAGAACCAAAGUGUGCUUGACGCCUUGUCCCAGCUGUCGGACUCGAUCAAGCUCACCUUCCAGCUCAUCAGUCGCCUCUCCAAGCUCUCGUUCCAGCCCGGCUCCACGCCGCUCCAAGGAGACGGUGACGUCCGUAUCGAGCUCUCGCACGACAUUCGCGACGCUCUCAAACACCACGACGAUACCUUGGACUCUCUUCGCCAGGAAAUCGAAGACGUUGUCGAGUUCGGCACCCACUCUCAACGUCGCCGUGACAGUCUUAAGGAUAGAGAAAGAGCUCGCAUUGCUGCCCAGCUCGCUCGCUUGGAUGAGGAUUUGAAGCACGCUCGAAGUCAGUUCCGCGCCGCUCAGCUCUCAUCAAAACGUGCUUCCGAGGCUGCAAAACAAAAAGAGCGAGAGAUCCUCUUUGCAUCUCUCCAACAACCCACCGAGACCGACUCUACUUCGUCCACUCCCGACCCCCUCGCUGCCCGUCGCCCUCAGCCUAAGCAACUGACCCAAGACGAGCUGCUCAUCAACGCUUCAACCGACGUGACCUCAGCUCUUCGUCGCACACAUAACCUGCUUACCUCUGAGCUUUCACGCUCACGUUUCGCUCAGGAGACUCUCGAUCAGUCCACAGCAGCUCUCGCUGACCUAGGUGAGCGUUACACCGAUCUUGAUUCUCUCCUCAGUAAUAGUAAAAAUCUACUUGGAACCCUUGUGAGAAGUCAAAAGAGCGAUACUUGGUAUCUUGAGACCGCCUUCUACAUUCUCGUCACCACCAUCUGUUGGCUGGUCUUCAGAAGACUAAUAUACGGUCCUGCCUGGUGGUUUCUUUGGCUGCCAUUCAAGUUCCUACUACUCAAGCCAUUCUAUCUUCUUCUUGCCGUUUUUGGCAUCACGGGUGGCUCUUCGGCUGCCGUUACCGCUGUCUCGUCAUUAUCAUCGACCAUCUCCACACAACCAACUAUACGUCUUCAACCUAGCGCCUCAGGUGAUCGACCUACUUUCCGCAGAGGUAUGGAUCAACGCCCGGCAAACGCCGUACCAGUCGGCGGAGGUGGUGCGAAGGCUGGAAAGGAUGGUCAACCUCAAGAUCCUAGUCCCGCAGGCAGCAUGUCGCAAAGCCUUGGACAAAUGGCAGAAGCCAGUCGUGAGCAAACACAGCCGCAAGGGGAGGAAUCAAACGAGGCGAAAGGGCACAAGGAGCCCCAAAGAAGAGGAGACGGCACAAUCUUGCAAGAACGAGGUGACAUCCCUCGUAACCCCAAGAAGAAAAUGUGGGAAGAGGAUGUUGAAGCACCGAAACAUCAGAUGAGAAAGAGAGAUGAGCUGUAG